GGCAUUGUUUUAAAAGACAAUAUCAUUCUUUGCUGAGCCGACUACAAGCCAGGCCAAGAUGCCGUCCAACCAAAAUGAUUGCAAUGAAACAUCUCUCGAGUUCACUAGGCAAACAGCGCUGUCAGUUGGAAUCCCUGGAGUGAUCUGCCUAGCUCUGAGUAUAGUUGGACUAGUAGCAGAGCUAGUGUUUGUUUGCAAGAAAAAGAACAACUUUCUAUUAAGGCUUUUCAUCUACUUGUCUGUGGCCGUCACUGUUGCUCAAGUCGUUCAAUCGCUGUACCUAAUCAUCUACUUUUACCCAGAAAAUGGGCGGCUGUGUGCAAUCAUAGAGACAAUCAUAUACUACCCGUCAAUGGUCGAAUUUUUUUUCAUAAUCUCCGUUAACUGUGUCCUACUGUACAAAGUCUACAGCAGUGUGCAAAGGUCGUGCUAUCACUGCCACGGAUCUAAAUCAACUGAGGUUUUAUUCGUUGUAGUGCAUUUUAUCACUCCACUCUUUGUUGUCGGCCUUCUGAUGGCAAUUGCUGGGAAACCAAAGUAUUGGCAGCCCUCCAACGAAUGCCACAUUGCCUACAAAAGUGAUGAAGACUGUGAUCGCAGACUAGAGUUUGAACUUUUGUUUAAACUAAUUCCAGAGUGGAUCCCAGUGGCUAUAGAGAUACCGCUGAGUAUACUAUGCAUAUGUACGCUAACAGUAUGGUGUUGCUGGUUGCUAAGGAAACAUUUUCUAAGAGCUCGUAUGAAAACUAUCUUGAAGGAAAUUGGACUGUUGCUAGGUUUCCUAUCAAGUUAUUGCAUAAUACGAAUUGUCAUUGAAAUAUUGAACGUAUUUUGGUACCAAAACUCGGCCAUAACGAUAAUAACAUACGCCCUCUAUCCGAUAAAUCGAGUUACUAUUCCAUUUUCGUUCAUUACCUAUGUUUGCUUCGUCUACCUCUGCCCCCCAAGAUCCGAUAAAGAUACCAACCCCCGCACGGACCAAGACACCCACCCCCCCUCAACCAGGAUCAGUCUCCCUAGCAACACAGUUGAUCAUGCCCCCAACUUUCUGAGUGAGAGCACAUAUAUGGACAGUAGUUAUAUUUAUAUGGAUAGCGAUACAGGUCCCACAGAAACAACCGUCCUGCUGAUUAACUGACACUAUAAUGAAAGCACGGCGGGUGCUGAUGCCUCAGUGGAGGUGUCAAAUUAUAGCAAUAGCUUUUAUUUUAUAUCAC